UGCCAUAUUAUCUUUUGUGCGAGCCCAAAAUCCAAAAAAGCCACAACAACCUCUCUAAGUCAAGCAAUGGUUGAAGAACAGAGAUCACAACGUUAUACCAUUUUUCUUGCUAUCCUGCUUCUAUUUUCCUCAUCAAUAUCUCCGAGCGCCCAAAACGUGAAUUAUAAUUCAAUUGCCUAUCUUCCCGCUUCGUGGACCCAUCAGGACUAUGAUUCCAUGAUGACACCCAUCCUCCAGAGAGAAAGCGAUGGACCAAGUUAUGUGUGCGGCUUUUACUGUAACUCAGGAGAUGGUGAUGGUGGAUGCCUCUUUGGAGUCCUCAUUGCCCAAGGUCCGCUCAAUACUGGUGGAUAUCUGCGAUCCUCAGAAUUAGUCUGGUCUGCUAACAGGAAUAAUCUUGUUCAGAGUAAUGCAAAGUUGCAACUAAAAGAAGAUGGAGAUCUGGUCUUCGCAAACAUUGACGGCACCUUAAUAUGGUCCAGCAAUACGAGAGGAAAGUCUGUUUCAGGCUUAAACUUGACAGAAAUGGGAAACCUCGUGCUAUUUGGCCCAAACAAUGAAUCCAUUUGGCAGUCUUUUGAUCAUCCCACCGACUCACUACUGCUGGGACAAAAGUUGGCUCCCGGGCAGAAGCUGACAGCUAGUGUUUCCGCAUCCAAUUGGAGUGAAGGUCGGCUUUCUCUUGGUGUUGGCUCUGAUGGCUUGUCAGCUUAUAUACAGUCUGAUCCACCUCAAAGAUACUAUGCGUCUGGCAUCAAUAGUUAUCCCUAUUAUGAGUUCAGGAACGGAAGCUUCAAUGACUUUACAAUUCCUCCAGCAUCAGUAGCUCAAUUCAUGAAGUUUGGGCCCGAUGGGCAUUUAAAAGUAUAUCAGUGGGGAGCAGGGGGAUUUAUAGAGGUUAUUGAUCUUUUGAACCCAUAUGUUGGUGAUUGUGGAUACCCUAUGGUGUGCGGCAAAUAUGGGGUCUGUUCAAAAGGGCAAUGCGGUUGUAUUGAAACAACCAAUGGCCAGCAGAGCUAUUUCAGCCAAAUAAUGUCCAGACAACCCGAUCUUGGAUGUUCUCCAAUCACUCCAAUUUCUUGUGAUCACUCCCAAGAUCAUACUCUUCUAGAGCUAAAUAAUACAUCUUACUUUGCAUCUGAUUCAAGCUUAGACAGCAUAACGAGAGUAAUGGAGGACUGCAAAAGUAAAUGUCUAAGUAGCUGUUCAUGCAAAGCAGCUCUGUUUUAUCAUGAUAGAUAUCUAUGGGAUAGAGGCGAUUGCUUUUUGCUAAACGAAGUUUUUUCUAUGAUUAACAAUGAGAAUUAUAUCGGAUCACCAUAUAAUACAACUCUUCUCGUUAAGGUGCAAAAAGCCAACACGUCAAGUCGUAAAACAAUUAUACUGGCAUCAACAUUUGGGGCUUUCUUUGGUAUGGUAUGUUUAAUCGGCUCUUGCCUGGUCCUUUUGAGGAGGAUAUUCAAGGAAGCAGAUGAAUUUGAGGGCGAUUUUCUGAACCAGGUACCAGGAAUGCCUAUAAGAUAUUCUUAUGAGAACUUGAAAGCAAUGACAGAAGAUUUCAAGAAAAGACUUGGGGAAGGAGGAUUUGGUUCUGUUUAUGAAGGGGAACUAUACAAUGGUACGAAGAUAGCAGUCAAGUGUCUUGAUGGUUUGGCUCAACUGAAGGACUCGUUUUUAGCGGAAGUGCAGAUAAUUGGUAGCAUCCACCAUGUUAACUUGGUAAAACUUACUGGUUUUUGUUUUGAGAAUUCGCAUCGCCUUUUGGUUUACGAACAUAUGGCUAGUGGUUCUUUGGAUAGAUGGAUUUUUGGUGAAAUGCGAAGCUAUUCUCUUCCAUGGAGGACUAGGAGAAAAAUCAUCUCAGACAUUGCCAAGGGAUUAGCUUAUCUCCACGAAGAUUGCAGUCAGAGAAUAAUUCAUUUUGACAUCAAACCCCAAAACAUCCUUUUAGAUGAAAAUUUCAAUGCAAAAGUUGCUGAUUUUGGGUUGUCAAAGCUGAUUGAAAAGGACCAAAGCAGAGUUGUUACAAGGAUGAGAGGAACACCAGGUUAUUUGGCUCCUGAAUGGUUGAGCUCCACUGUCACAGAAAAAGUGGACGUCUAUAGCUUUGGCAUUGUGAUGUUGGAAAUCCUUUGUGGACGAAAGAACUUUGAUUCCUCAAAGAUUGAGGAAGACAGGCAUUUGCUCAGUAUUUUUAAGAGAAAAGCUGAAGAAGAAAGACUAGAGGACAUGGUUGACAGGAAAAGUGCUGAUAUGCUGAUCCACGUCGAGGAAGCUAUGGAGAUGAUGAGGAUUGCCGCAUGGUGUCUGCAGGGAAAUGUCAACAACAGGCCUUCCAUGUCUUUAGUAGUCAAGGCACUGGAAGGUUUGGUAGUAGCUGAAACCAAUCUGGACUAUGACUUCACGAAUUCAUCCACAGUUAGGACAGAGGCGGCUGGUGAUCAUCAAGGACAAGUAGUUGUUGAUGUUGGAAGUCCAAUAUUGCCAUCAACUUUAUCCGGGCCGAGGUAGAUGAAAAACUCAACAAUAUUUUACGUUCGGUAGUCUCUAAAACCCCAACAAAUAAGGUUCAAGUCUCAGAAUUGUGGUUAAUUUGUAGUCUGAGAUUAUGUCAGUAUAUGUAUGUCUUGCUGCCCUGUAUUGCUGAAUUAUUCCACCCUAAGUGCGUUGGCUUUUCCUGAGAAAUGCAAGUCCCUAUGCAUAAUAAUCAAUAAUCAUGAUCUUACAAUUUAUCU